ACUCACCUCCCUAACCUUAUUUGUUCCUCCAUCGAACACACCAAGCUAAGCAAACAUUUCCAUUUCAACAUGAAGACCUUAACCCCUUCGGUGGAAAUAUUCUUUUUUCCCUACGUAGGGGGAGGCCAUCAAAUCCCAAUGAUAGACGCAGCAAGAAUGUUUGCAUCUCACGGAGCCUCAUCAACCAUUCUAGCCACACCGUCGACCACCCCUCUCUUUCAAAAAUGCAUCACGCGCGACCAGAAAUUCGGUCUUCCCAUCUCCAUUCACACUCUCUCCGCCGAUGUACCACAGUCAGACAUCUCUGUCGGUCCCUUCCUGGACACCUCUGCCCUCCUCGAACCACUGCGCCAGCUCCUCCUCCAACGCCGCCCACAUUGCAUCGUCGUCGACAUGUUCCAUCGCUGGUCCGGCGACGUCGUUUACGAGCUCGGAAUCCCCAGAAUCCUCUUCAACGGCAUCGGGUGCUUCGCUCUCUGCGUCCAGGAGAACUUAAGACAUGUCGCUUUUGAGAGUGUGAGUACAGACUCGGAGCCUUUCCUCGUUCCUAAUAUUCCCGACAGAAUCGAAAUGACGAUGUCUCAGCUUCCUCCUUUUCUGAGAAACCCAUCUGAGAUUCCUGAAAGGGUGAGGGGCAUGAAGCAAUUAGAGGAGAAGAGUUUCGGCACUCUUAUCAACAGUUUCUACGACUUGGAACCAGCUUAUGCUGAUCUAAUAAAAAGCAAGUGGGGAAAUAAAGCAUGGAUUGUAGGACCAGUGUCCUUUUGCAACAGAAGCAAAGAGGACAAAACCGAAAGAGGGAAGCCACCCACUAUCGACGAACAAAAUUGCCUGAAUUGGUUAAACUCUAAGAAACCCAGUUCUGUUCUUUACGCCAGCUUUGGAAGCCUGGCUCGGUUGCCCCCUGAGCAGCNAAUUUAA